CAAUGAAACAUUUGUCUCUUUUGUGCAACAUCAAAAGUAAACGUUAGGUUGUCUUGGUGCAAUUUCUUGCAAAAAUGUGUUCCCUAUAUUUGUCAAAAUUAUUGUAGGUUUUUUUGUUUUUAACUGAACAAGGGUUGUACUUGUACAUGUUCUCUUGACUAGAUUUUCAACUCCUAAUUAUAGGGUUCUAAAGUCCAGUUUUCGUAUUUUGGUCUCUGGCCUAUGAAGUUUCUGAUCGUUCUUUCUCUGAAAGGAUUCUUUUUCUUCCUUUUCUUUUGUCGCAAGUAUUACUAGUCCUUUUUUGAGGAGGGAGGAGGUUUGACACAUCUACUUGCUUCUGGAAAAGGUAAUAUGAUCAAUGAUAGAUAGAAACAAGGGAAGCUUGACAGGCAAUUCAACUGUAAAUUCAGAAAGUGGUUAGCAGCACAGCUUCAGUUUUUAUCAGAGACGUGAGGGGGAGAAAAGUGUGAUGGAGACAGACGGAAGAGGGUUUGCAGACUUGUAUAGGAAUUCAAGUGAGGAGUUAUUUCUCAAAUCUUUGAUGGAGACCUCAAUUGGGAUGCCAGUACCCCCCAUGGAGAUGUUGGGGUUCAAUAAUCUCUCUCACAACUUUCGUACUGACAGUGAGGAGCUGUUCAAAAGCUGGCUUACAAAUGGAGAGAAUGGCUAUAACUCAACAGGCAUAGCACAUCGGACGCGACAAACAUCAAGAAGGAUAUCCACCGAACUAGUCAAUUUGACCAGUCAGCAACAUGGAAGUAUACCACAAAAGAAAAGGAGCAAUGAUGUUUUAUUCACACAAAAUAAUCCAAUAGCUGAUGAUAUUUCUAAUGACCUCAAUCAACAAUCAGCCAGCAGGAAUGCUGCUGAAAGGACGAUGCCGGCUAGUAAUUUAUAUCUGGCUAAGACAUGGUUUCACAGCUCUCAGCCCAUGACAAGAAGUCGAUCCUCUGAACUAAGGAGAAGGUAUGCUGCUAUGCAAUGUGCUCAGACAAAUAUAGGUAUGGAAGCUAUGCAGGAUGUUUCUGGGCAUGGUGUCAAAAAUUUGAAACAUGAGUUUGGAAAUCGAAAUGGUUUCAAUGACCCUCCUAUGCAUGACACUGCCAAUCAGCUGGGCCCGUUCAUGUCUCCAUCCAAUUCAUCCUCAUCUACUUUUAACACCCUACAAAUGAGCAGCAUAGACAAAGUUUCUUCUGUUGUUAACAUGCUAAAGGGUACACUGGAACGCAAGAAGCUAGGUAGCCAGAUUGAGAAGGAAACAGUUGAAGAUAGUCUUAAUGUAUUUUUUCAUUCUCAAGAAGUUACAAUCAACUCUACUUCCGAUCAAGGAAAAGGGAAUGGCAUUUACGAGAUUCCUCCAGGAAGUUUUCAAGAAAUAUCAUCUGGUCAAGUUAAGGAUCCUGGGGUUUUGCAGACAGUUCAAGGACCCAUGGAUCUUGACUUCGAAGGUUUUGUAAAUACAAUUAACCCAAUUCAGCUGGGCACAGUUUCUCGAGAACCUUCUCAAAGUGAAUCUUCUGCUGCUGCGCCAGUAGUUUCAUCUGGUUUUGAUGCAUGUGAUGGUCCCAGCAACUCAAGUCAAACUCUAAGCGUUUGUGAGAGCUCAAGGAAACGAGUUGGAAAUGGUAGGAGUUCAGAAAAUGGUUCUAGAGCCAAAGAUUUUAGAGAACGGAUAAUUGACAAUUUGAAGGAUGAUCGAAAGAAGGGGGGGCUCAUCCGAUAUGGAUCCGAGACUUCGGCAGGUUCAGUGGACAAGGGGGACCCAACUAAAAAGCGGAGAGUGGAACGUUCGCGGAAAAUGGCAGAGGCAAAGGAACGGAAUAUGACACCAGCAAUCCCGACCGAUAUGCAGUCAAUCCUUAAGCGAUGUGAAAAUCUCGAGAAGGAAGUACGAUCACUCAAGCUGAACUUGUCUUUCAUGAACAGGAAGGAUUCUGAGCAGACUAAGCAGAUAGAGGAGCUUCAGAAACAGAAUGAAGAGUUGACUGAUGAAAAAGAACGCCUCUUCGAAGAAAUUGAGAGGAUCCUAGCAGACACAGGAAAGAUGUGGUAAAAGUUACUCUCCCUUUGACUCUUGCAUACCACACACUGGUGCAACGUGUAAGCGGCAAAUCUUUUGCGAAAGCUGCAGUAAUUCUGGAAGACCCAAUCUAGUAAUCUAAGAAAACCCUACCCAAGAUGUUAAACCUAGACUCAAUAUUCCAGUGUAGGUGUUGUGACUUGUUUGUUCAUCAUAUGUGCAUGAAUGUAACUGCAUGGUAUUGGUAAUUGCAGCCGUAUCUGAUAAACUGUGAAAGCGAUAUAAAUUUUUAAAUUUCUGUAA